UUCGUUCAGCGGUGGCCAGGAAAAGCCAUGGCCGACAAGCCGCGCUCGACGGACUUGAACCUCGCGGAGGUGAAGAAGAGCGGCCUCCGCGACAAGCUGCAGCAGCUCCAGGAGCGGUCCUCGUCGCUCCUGCUGCUGUCGCUCCAGUGGAAGGACCUCGAGGACCACUACGAGGCCACGCAGACGGCGCUCGAGCGGCGCGGGGAGGAGGUGCGCUCGGUGGAGGAGUCCAUCACGGCGAGCCUCAGGGCGUUCGGGGCGAGGCUCGAGGAGAUCGAGAGGAGGGAGGGCGAGGUUGUGGAGAGGCGGAGGGCGGAGAUCGAGGGCAAGUGCAAGGAGGUCGAGAGGAGCGCGGCGGAGCUGGAGGAUGCGAGGAGGGCGAUCGAGGAGAGGCUUCGGGAGAUCGAGGCGAUGGAGAAGCGGGUCGAGGAGGUGAGUAGGUCGUUGGGCGAGAUGAUUGACGAGAGGAUGAGGGAGGUUGGGAAGAGAGAGAAGGAAAUCGAGGUUAGGAAUGAGAAAUUGAGGGAGAGGUGGGAGGCAUUCGAGGCUAGCAGGAGUAAAUUGGAGGGGAAAAUCAUCGAGGUACAGGUGAAAAGUGAGGAAUUUGAGGGUAGAAUCAAGGACCUAGAAUUGAUUGAGAAGGAAUGCCAUGAGCGAGUCAGGCAAGCCGGGUUGAAGGAGAAGAGGUUGCAGGAGUGGUCUAACGAGCUUGAGAUACAGAAGAGAGAGCUUGAAGUGAGACUGAGGGAGGUCGAAUUGAAGGAUAAGAGGGUAAAAGAAUUGUCUAAAGAACUUGACUUGAGAAGCAAGAAAUGUGAGGAACAGAACAGUAAUAAUGUUAGCCCUGCGAUAAACAAAUCGAGCGAUGAAAUUCAUACGAAAGUACUGGCCAAAUCACCAGAUACUUGCUUGAAGAAUGAUGGCCAGGUUCCGAAUAUCCAAAGGCACGCGAUAGUGGACGGGAGGGACUUGCAAAUUUUCCUUAACGAGCGCUGGACAGAAGGUGAAAAAUUAAGACACGAAGUGUCCGCAGCGCUGAGACAAUGUUCCGACCCGGCGAGUCUUGUUCUGGAUGCAAUGGAAGGGUUUUACCCUCCGCAUUUGAAGAGGGGAGAUGUGGAGUUUGACGAGUGUGUUGUUAGGAGGAGUUGUAUCUUGCUGUUGGAGCAGCUAAUGAAGAUCUCUCCGACCAUUACCCUCCAGGUAAAGACCGAGGCGACGAAAUUGUCUUUCUUCUGGAUAACUAAAAUGAGAGCAGAUGCCGAAAAUUCCUUGGAAGUAUUGGGAUUUUUACAGCUUUUGGCUACUUAUGGAUUGGCUUCCGCUUUCGAUACUGACGAGAUCUUACAUUAUGUGGAGAAAAUUGCUCAGUUUAGACAUAUGCCUGAAUUAUGUCAGGCCCUGGGCCUUAAGGAUAAGAUUCCAGGUUUCAUUCGGAACCUUGUGAAAGAGAAGAAACAUAAUCUGGCUGUAAGUUUUAUUUAUGCUUUCAAGAUGGAAGAUGACUUUCCACCGGAACCCCUCUUGAAAGAUUACAUGAGAAUCUCCAAAAAUGCCGCUGGGGCAAUUUUCCAAAAUGGACAUAACUCUGCUGAAGCUCAGGCCAUGAAAAGAAGAGUGGCUGAUCUGAAAGCUGGAGGUGGAUGCGUUGAAGAUCACAAGAUCAAGUCAACAAUUUCACCUGAAAACAUCAAGCAAGCCAUUACUUAUAUGGAGAAACAAAAUGGGGAGCAAAAAAAAGCAGCCGCAGAGAUCAACAGCUUCGAAGUGAGAGAAUUGGAUGGCAAAUUACAUAGUCCUGCUAUAGUAGCUGCUCCUGUUCCAUCCUCUAUCCCUACCUCUAUCAAAACUAUCUCUGCUAUCACCACCGAGACUGCUGUCAAACCAGCACCAGAAACUUCAACCUCACCACAGCAUAGAGGUAAGCAUCCACGUACAGCUGCAUUGGCAGAAGCUGGAUCGAAUCUUUUUGCUGGUGCCAGUUCUAAUGCUCAGUCAUCGCACAUUACGCAUAAAGAGGUGGCAUCAUCUGAGAAUCUUUGCUCUAAGCCUACUGGUAAGCCUAAUGGCACGAUUUUGGGAAAGAUACUCAGCAGGGAGGUGGAAUAUGAGUUGGUGCGUGAUGAAAUUUCUGCUCUUCUUCAGUCCUCAUCAGAUCCCGCAAGUCUUGUUCUCAACACACUGAAAUAUACUGAUCCUUCAAACUCGAGAGAAUUCAUUAGGUUGGGCAUUCCCGUAAAGCGUUGCAUAUUACUAUUGGAUCAUUUAAAGAGAUUUUCACCUAUCAUCAAUCCUCAGUUAAGUCAAGAGGCAAAACAGUUUUGUACUAGUUGGAAACUAAAUUUGAAGGCGGGGAAAGAUGAUCAUAUGGAGACCAUAUGUUUUCUUCAGUUUCUGGCUGCCUUCAAAUUGGCUCCUCUGGUUUCUGCUAAUGAAGUUCUUAAUCUCUUGGACCCAUCGAAGUGGGCUAAACAGGUCCCUGAUUCUUGCGAGUCUCUGGGAUUAGCAGAGUUUUUACCUGGUUUUAUCAGAAACCUUAUUGAAAAGAAGCAUUGGAUCGAUGCUAUUAAGUACAUUAAUGCACUGAAGAUGGAGGACAAGUUCCCUCUAGUGUCUAUCGUCACUGACUAUUUGGCAUAUUGGGAGAACAGAGCAGAUGCAAUAUCCAAGAAACAAAACAGCUCGCCUAGCAAUCAGAUUGAGGCUAUUAACAAAAAGUUAACUGCUACAAAAACUGCAAUGAAAUGGAUAGCGAUAUACAGGCUUGAGUCAGAGUUCUUGCACAAGGAUUUCGAAUCCUAUAUCAAACGGCUGGAAAAGCAGAAGGCUGAGGUAGAAGGUAAACUGAGAGAAUCCGAAGCUGAUCGUUCUGCAGGAUCACAGCAUGCAUUGACACAGCAGGACAAAAAGGAGGAACCGCCAGCACAAGCCACCUCUGAUCAUGUUGCCACCUCAUGUGGUGAUGCCCUCCCUACGGUCACUGCCUCGACUGCUCGAACUUCAGCCGCCAGUUCAAGCCGUCAGCCACAAAAGAAGGGUGGAAAGAAGCGUAAGAGGGUACCUCCGAAACCACAAACUCCAAAGGAACCCUCCAAUGGCAGUCAUCACUCGACGCAGCCCUCCAAUAGGCACGCGGCGGAUACGCAUAGGCAUCAAAUGGGGCCCCCAUACUCAGCGAGAUCGUCCGGAUACUACGGGAUGCAAAUCCCCCAGAACAACUAUCGUAUCGAUCCAUACCCUUUUAAUGGCGUUGAUCGUUACCAUGGCAGAACUUAUGCAGUGCCUCUCUGUGGUGGUCGGCCGGUACGGUUGGCUGGUCCGAGGGGUGCUUACAGUGGUCCUAGAUGGUAAAUUUUUCCAGUUUGGUCUCAUGUAUCUCAUCCAUCAGUGUAAAUUCAUUUGCUGGUCUUUAUUCAAUCAGUCUGUCUAUUUAUGGUUUUAUGGACCCAAAGACAUGGAGAAGUAAGAGUUUGGCAAAGCCCUUCGCGGGGCAAAAACAACAGCUGUUUAGAGAACAUUCUUCUUUUUCAUCAGAAUUCUAUCCUCUGUUCAACUA